AUGCAGCGCUAUAAUUGUCGCCCGUGGCCCAGGCGUGCAAAAUAUCUCAGAAGGACACGCUCUCGCCAGCCCAUGGCUCUCGCUCCACUCCUCGUCAUGGCGGCGCUCCUGGCCCUGCCGCUCGGGAGCCACUCCGGCGAAGCCCAGAACCUGCACCCUGUCGUGCUGGUGCCGGGCUACGGCUCCAACCAGCUGGACGCGCGGCUGACGGCGGCGUACGAGCCCUCGGCGCCUUCCUGCGGCGCCGGCGCGGGCCAGGGGUGGUUCCAGCUGUGGCCAAACCACACGGGGAUGCACGACGCCAGCCAGGUCCCGUGCUUCGCGGACCAGAUGAGUCUCGUCUACGACGCCGGCGCCGACGACUACCGCAACGCCGACGGCGUCGCGACCCGGGUCCCGUCCUUCGGCUCCACGCACGGCCUUGUCGGGUGGGAUCACCUGGUGCGGCGGCUGGAAGGCAUGGGCUACCACGAGGGUAAGAGCCUCUUCGCCGCGCCGUACGACUUUCGCUACGCUGUCGCGCCGCGCGGCCACCCGUCUGCGGUGGGAGACCGCUACUUCCGCGACCUCAGGCGCCUCAUCCGGAGGGCGAGCCGACUCAACCAGGGUCGCCCGGCCAUCGUGGUCGCGCACAGCUUCGGCUGCGCUCUCACGUACCAGUUCCUCCUCGCCCGCCCGCUCCCCUGGCGCUGGCGCUUUGUUAAGCACGUCGUCCUCCUGGCCCCCGCGCUCGGCGGGUUCGCCGAGGGGAUGUACGGCCUCGAGGCCGGCAUCGGCUACGGCCUGCCGAACGUCACGCGGCCGACGAUGACCCGGCUGGCGCGGAGCCAGCAGAGCACCCUCUGGCGCCUGCCCACGCCGGUGGUAUUCGGGGACCGACCGCUGGUUGUGACCAAGAACGCGACCUACUCGGCCCGCAACAUCGCGGAGUUCUUCGAGGCCAUUGGCUUCCAGGAAGGGGUCCGGCCGUACUUGACGCGGGUGCUGCCGCUGUGGCAGGCGCUCCCGGCGCCGAUGGUGCCGGUGACCAGCGUCAUCGGGGUCGGGGUCAGGACGCCGGAGACGUACGUGUUCGGUAGAGAGGGGUUCGAGGGGGAUCCAGAGGUGGUGUACGGCGACGGCGACGGGGACAUCAACAUGGUGAGCCUGGUGGCCAUCGAGAAGGAAUGGUCCGGUGUGCAAGGCCAGGUCUUGAAGGUAGUCAGGCUGCCCGGUGUCCAUCACGAUGGCUUCUUCAGUGGUCAUUUCGCUCUCAAGAGUGUAGUUUCUGAGAUUUACGAGGCAGGAGGGAGUACAGAGCUCUUCGAAAAUUUAGCCUUUGAGCAAUAAUACUGUCACGACUGAAAAAUGGUGGUCAGACCGUACGCUUAAAUAGAACCACUGUAUCGUGCUUGGGGCCUGGGUUGAGGUUACGGGCUGGAGUGAAAUCGUAUUUGUUGGAUUUAGUUGGGCUGUAUGCACUUGUGCUCGUUUAUGUUUAGUACUUGAGCUGAAGAAAAAAUGGGAAAAAUGAUUAUAUGUCCUAAAGAUGAUCAAUUUUGACAA